AUGUUGGAGAGAGGAGUGUGGAUUGGUGUGGUGAGGAUUAGCGGAUCUGAGCGGAAGUGGCAUACCGUGGUUGUUAUUGCGGUUGUGAGGAGGGGAUUCGCGGCUGUUGUUGGAGCUAGGACAGAGCAUUCUGGAACCACUGAACAUGCAGAUAACAGCAGCAAGAAAAGGAGAACUGAAAAGGGAAAAACUUCUAACACUCAUAUUACAUCUUCUGUGAAUACCAAAAAUGGAGUACCACCAAUAUUUGCUCCCGAAGAUGCUCAAGUGCAUCCUUAUGCAUCAAACAACAACUCCUGGAUGUAUGGUUUGGGAUAUAAUGCAGCUGUAUGCCGAAUCAUAAAUGAAUCUAGAGAAAAUCAUAUGCAUAGUACUCAAACAUUUGAUGAGUUCAAAUUAUCUUUGAGAAGGAUGGCAGAAAUAUCUCUAUUACCAAAUCAAACUUGUGACUAUAAUUCUCUAAUGAGAAUUAGAAACUGCAUUGAACCAAAUUACAAUGCAAAACAACUGGACUAUUCAGACCGGCAAACAAUUAGAGAAGCAGAAAGACCACAAACAUGCACUGACGUCUUAGUUGAAGAUAUGCAUGUGUCAUGUGCAAAAAAGAAGCGAAGUAGAAAGAGAAGUGUUCUUUCAAGUUCAAUGCGUCCUAACAAAGAUGAGAUGCAACAGUGCCAUAAUUCUGCAUUGGGAAAUCACCAGCUGACACUGGGGAAACCAUCAGGUACUGCUCGCAGAGUAGUGCAUAAAAUAACGUAUAAUGUUGAAGCAUUAACAGAGCAAUUUAGACAGCUAAACAUAAACACGGGAGGGAAAGAACUUGCCUUAUAUGGGCAGACUGCACUUGUUCCCUUUCAGGGCUCAUUUGAUCCCAUCAAAAAACAACGCCCACGACCUAAAGUUGAUCUUGAUGAGGAAACUGAUAGAGUGUGGAAGCUUUUGCUGUUAGAUAUAAACCAUGAUGGGGUUGAUGGAACAAAUGAAGAAAAAUGGGUUAGUGUUACUGUAAGUGUUGUUUUAGUGUGUGAGGAAAAGGAAACAAAGUGA